AUGCCAUUAUCCGGGCUCGAUUUGGCCAUUUAUGGAUUUAACCGUAACAUUCAGAAAAUAGAGGAAGCAGGAAUUUCGUACGAGUUACGUAUUAUUCGCGAUAAACUAACACUUGGUUUAAGUACUGAACCUAUCUUAAAACAAUCACCAACUGUUGGAUGCUUUGCUGGAAAUUGGACGAGCCUGGACAAUGUGGAAGGCAAUGGAACAUGUGUAACGGCAGCGAAUGAAUUUAUGGAUCCGGAUGACGAGCAGUAUCUCCGUUUUUUAAAAAAUCUGGACCCAAAACGUUGUAAGGAUCAAGACCAUUAUAAAGUCCUUGGGUUAUCAAAUCUACGCUGGCAGGCCAGUACUUCGCAGAUUCGUACUGCCUAUCGUGUCAAAGUGCUGAAGCAUCAUCCGGAUAAGAACAAUGCAGUAAAGGCUGAAGCUGGCGGUGGCGAGGACUACUUCACAUGUAUUACCAAAGCCUAUGAACAAUUAGGCUUAUCGGAACAGAAAAGGAGAGCCUAUGACUCUGUGGAUCCGUUAUUCGAUGAUUCCAUCCCAGACGAGAAAAUGAUCAAUUCUGACAAUUUUUACGAUAUUCUGGCGCCAGUCUUUAUUAGGAAUGCAAGGUGGUCUGUUCGGCAUCCUGUACCAUUACUAGGCGAUAUCAACAGUGUACAAGGUGAAGUUGACAGAUUUUACUCAUUUUGGUUUAAAUGGGAUUCAUGGCGUGAAUUCUCGUAUCUGGACGAAGAGGAUAAGGAGAAGGGAGAAGACCGAUGGGAAAGACGUGAAAUUGAGAAGAUAAAUAAGGUUGAGCGAGAAAAACGACGUAGGAACGAAAUGAAACGAAUAAGAAAUCUUGUUGAAAUAGCGUAUCGUAAAGAUCCGCGAAUAGCAAUGUUCAAGGAGCAGGAAAAAUUAAGAAAGGAGAAUCAAAGAAACGAGCGUAAAAAAGCUCUGGAAGAGAAGAGAGCCCAGGAUGAGAAGAAGAAAUUGGAAAUUGAGUUGAAAAAUAGAAAGAUAAAAGAGGAACAAUUAGAGAAAGAACGGCAGCAGCGGGCUUACGAAAAGCGUAUAAAAGAGCAGCAGAAAAAACUGCUUGGUGAAGCCCGAAGAAAGCUCCGUAGAACUGCAGAAGGUAAGAAUUACUGGAAUGCGGAUGUGUCGUCGAAAUUGUCUUGCCUGGAAGCAAUUGAGCAUGUCUGUUUGCGAUUUGAUGCAGUUCAUUUGAAUGAAAUCACUGCUAAGCUUGAAUUGUUAAGCAGUUUCACAGAAGCAAUGAACAUUUUAAACGUUCAGAUUCAUAAAGAAACUCCGGAAAAUGUCGAGACCAAAGAUGGAGUCUCUGAGAAUGCUACAAAUAACAUAUCUCGUUGGUUCCCUGACGAAAUAGCGUUACUAGUUAAAGCCACUACUUUGUAUCCUGUCGGUACCACUAAAAGAUGGUCAGAGAUUGCAAAUUAUAUCAAUGAGCACCGUGAAAGGAAAAAUGCAAAAAAGAAAACAGAAAAGGAUGUCUUGAUUCAGGUGAAAACAUUGAAAUCAUUAAGUAACGCGCAAGAUCAGAACAAAAUGGACAUUUUGGUUAAUUCAGCAAAAGGAAGUGAAUUGGAGUGGAAAGCAGAAGAGCAAAAGUUGCUUGAAGCAGCGCUUAAAAAAUUCCCGUCAUCAGAUCCAGACCGUUGGGAAAAUAUUGCAAAUUUUGUAGGGAAAUCAAAAAAGGAGUGCAUAAGGAGAUUCAAAUUUCUCGCAGAAGUGGUGAAAAGUAAAAAGGAGCAGUUUUCUUAA